UCAGACUCAUACAUGUGUUGGAAAAUAAUGCAAUAUGGAUGACGUCUGGUCAAGUUAAAUAAAAAAUUACAGUCUAAGCCACACUUCUCUUAAAAUAAGAGUCAUUUAGCUUCAGCAAUGUCUGAUGAAGAUUGUUUUGGUCCAGCGCUACCUCCAGGUUUUAAUGAAAGAAGCACUUUAGAGAAACUACAGAAAGAGACACCUGUGAAACGUGUCAGUGGAAUAGGACCUCAGCUUCCUCCCCACCUACAGAAUUCUCAAGAAUCAUCACCAGAUUCCACUACAGAAGAAGAGGAGGGACCAUGCUUUGGGCCCUCCCUGCCCCCCCACAUCAAGUCAUCUUUUAACCAAAAGCAAGGCUCAGUUAACAUUGGCCCUUGUAGAACCUCACAAUUAAAGUCUGAAGACAGCUCCUCAGUGAUCGGCCCGGCCCUUCCUCCACAUUUAGACAAGAAACAAUCUCAAGGUAGUGAUGUAAAGGACAAUGAAAGUGGUGCAUGUUUAUCCAAAGGUCAAAGUUCAAAACAGGACUGUAUUAUUGGCCCCAGUUUACCCCCUCACUUGCAGAGAAAUGUUCAUUCAGCAUCAUAUGGAGAAAAUGUGCAUGAUGUCAAGGAUGAUGAUGCUGAUGAUGAUGUCAUUGGACCACUUCCUUCAGAGAUGUCAGCUGGGAACUCUGGGUCAGAUUUUUCUGCUGAGUUUGAAAGAAGAGCCCGCAAAAUGAAAGAUCACUUGGAUGGAAAAACUCAGUCAGAUGGUCAACCAAAACGUGAGGCAUGGAUGAUGGAGUUACCAGACUGUAUGGGCCAGAACAUUGGACUCACUGCUCGGACUUUCCGCGUCAAUGCUGGUCCGGACCUGAGUGAUCGGUCCAUGUGGACGGACAGUCCGGCUGACAGAGCAAGGAAAGAGAAAGAAGGAAAUACAGAUACCAGAAAAAGACCACACCCAGGCUCUGGGCCCUCAGGAAGGGAUCAGCAAAUCCGGUCAGAGCUGGAAAGCUACAAUAAAGCACGUGAAACAGAGUCAUUGCUUAAUAUGCACCAGAAGAAGAUGAAAAAACAACAGAAAGAAGAAAGCAGCAAACCAAAGGAGCGGAGGCCAUUUGAUCGUGACCUUGACCUACAAGCUAACAGAUUCGAUGAUGCUCAGAGGAAGGCAAUAAUAAAGAAAUCUCAGAACCUGAACAGUCGAUUUGGCCACAGCAAGGAUUCUCAGUAUCUGUGACCAGGAGGACAAAAACAAAAUCAAAUUAUUGUUCAGUGUGAAUCAGGUUGACUGAUACAAACAUUGAUCAAGACUCAGUGAAAGCGAUUGCUAACUCAGAAAGCAUUAACUUGUCAGCUGAGAUUGAUUCAUAUAAAUAUUUUACAAGACUAAUUUAUAUGUACCUGGGUAUACAGUAUUUACAGUUGUAGAUUUGUUGAUACAAAGUGAAAACUCAUACAAAAAUUAAAAUUAAUGUUUUAUUAACAAUAAUUGUGCAUAAUGUAAUAACAACACCAAACAUCAUGGAAUCAAAAAGUUUGCAACGGAAUGAUACACAGCAGACAGAUAAAAACAUAUAUAGUUUGGCUAUUUUGAGAGAGACAGCAGUUUUCCUUAAAAAAAACUUGGAGUGCAGUGAAUAUGUAUAGUGUUGCAUGGUUGCAUUAUCUGUCAAUAUAUCAGUAGUUACAGUGAUAUUUACCUAUUAAGGUAAAUUAGAAUUGGAAUAUUGCAUCUUGUAACAUUUCUUUCUUUCAAUACAGCAAUGAAUAUGGCCCCCUCCACCAAUAAGGAUAGUGGGGCAGCGUCAAUACUUUUAUCAUAUGAUAUUUAGUAUAUAGCAUGUCUAUUAAUUACAUUUGUGGAAUUUAAACUCAGUUUUUCAUACCAAAGAUUGAUUUUGUCGAUGAAA